GAUCUGUAUUAUAUUUUGGUAAUUCAGACUUACACUGAAGUUUCCUGUCUCUUUACAUAUUUGUGCCUAGUAAAUUUGUUGAGUGUUCACAAAUAACAUAGUUAAUUAAUCAUUGCAAAUUUUUAAUUUAUUAUCUUAUUUAAAGUUCCUUCUUAUCUGUAGUGUGUGGUUCUCCAGAACUCCAGCUUAGAACUCGAGAUUUGAAGAAGUAGGAGGAGUAAUCGAUAAUUGUCCGAUAAUGAAUUAUGUUCUUUAUUAAUGACUAAUACUAAUACUAAUAAUGCCAUCAUGAUCCAUGAAUAAUAAACGGCCUUGUUUUAUUAACUGACAGUAAAUUAUUGUAUUAAAAUAAUGAUAAUUAUAAAUAAAUUUCAUUACGUCAAUCAUCAAUGAGUGUCAGUCACUGUGGGGCAGCAGGCUGCAGCUAAAGGCUAAAGACUUUACAAUCGGCGCAAUGACGUCAUAUACAUCCCAUUACGUCAUUUACGUGUUUAUUUAACUUAAGGGUUUGGGCGGGUUAGGUUUAGGGAUACUUGAGGCUUAGGGUUCAGGUUAGUUUUAGGGUGACCUUUCACGGGUCGUGGCAACCAAGUUGGCGGCUGUGCCGCGAAUUGUCUGAAUUUACAGAAUGACUGAGAAUGUCAAAUUCAACUUUAAUUUGACUUCACAAUAAACCAAUUGACUUAGUCGUAGUCUUACGAAAUAGUCCUAUACAUACUUUAUUAUUACAUAGUCAUAGUAAUGAAUAAAUUAUAAAAUUAUAGUGAUACUUGAUGAUAAUCAUACAGAACAUACUAUAAUUUAUAUUAAGUGUAACACUAAACACCUUCUCCCAACAUUGCAGUAACGGCAAAUGAAAAUACUGAUGUUCCUUCUUUAGUUAUAUCAUUAUUAUGGAUAAUACUAUUAACUAAUUUUGUGGCUGAGCCUAGUCGCUUAUCUUGCUUAAAGUCAUUACUUAUAAGUGAUAUAUUUGAAGUAGAAAUAAAAGAAGAAUUAUAUUUAAAUUUACAGUCAAAGACUUAGCAGAGUGGUUGGUUCCAUUCAUAUCGAUCAGGCAGAAACUGAAAGAAGUUGAAACAAAACAAAAAAGAUAUUAUAAUAAACCGUAUUAAAGUAUAAUGCUGCAGAGGGAAAGAGAAAGCAAGGAAUCAUUUUAAAAGGAACUUGAUUACUUAAUUUUUAAAAAAAAUGGAUAGGCCUAUCUGCUUUGAAAAUUCUCUAAAAGAGUUGGCAGAAGUGGAAAUCAAUUGUUGCCCAAUACAAUAUUAUAUGCAGGACUGCCUAAUAAAUUUUCUUUAAAAAUUCAGGACGUUUCUAUUUAAUUAUACCUAUGCUUGGUAAGGAUUUUUGUUGCAAUGUUGAAGAAACCAAUUUUUUAUAAUUAUAGCCAUCUUGCUGUGGAAAGGCUAUUGGAAAACUGUAACCUAUAUCUAUAUGCUUUGUCAUGAUGCAAGUAACUUAUCUAUCUCACUGGUACCAUGGAUAGUUAAAAUAUUGUAAUUUUAUCAACUUAAAAUGAACCAUAGCAAUAAAAAUCUAAAAAUAAUAAGAAAGCAUCAUCCAUUCACAGGUUUUGUCUACUGUUUCAGAGGGUUCAGAUUUUUAAAAAUCAUUAAUGACUAUGGAGCAUGGCAGUGAUGCUGGGGAGACACUCUACUGUGUUUGUCGAUCCUCAGAUUGUGAGAGAUUUAUGAUGUAAGCUUGAUUCUUUUAAAGGGUUUGCAUGCUUCUCUUGUAAAAGGAACAUAAUUUAGUUAUAAUAUGGUAUAUUUAAGUAGUAAGAGCUUAAAAAUUUAAAAAACAACUUCCUCCUCUCAAAAUAAUUUCUUGCUUUCACCUCCUUGAACAGAGGCUGUGACCAUUGUGAAGAAUGGUACCAUGGAGACUGUAUUGGUGUGACACAGUUGGAUGCUAGAUCAAUCAAACGCUACUAUUGUGAUGCUUGUAGAGGUACAGUAUCCUGCUUUGAAACCUUUAGCAGUACCUUACCAAAAUAGUAAAAAUAAUGUACUUUUCAUCUCUCUCUUUCUUUAAAUCCCAAAAAAUUUUCCAGAAUAGAUUAUAACUUGUUUCUUUAAAAAAAAAAUCAUUGGUCAAUAAGAAGUACCAUAUCUUAUAUUUUUAAGUAUUAAUCUGCUUUAAAGGAAAUAAUAAUUUUUAAAAGUUACAGAUACAAUAAAAAGAGUUGCCUUAUAUCAUCAGUUGUAAUAUUGAUCAAUAUGAACAUUAUCUCAGCACCAAAAUUUAUCUUUAAGUGACCUGAAAAUUUUAAAUAGUUAAAUUUAAUUUGAUGCAUUUUUUUUAACCAUGAUAAUAAUUUUCCCCAUUAGCACACAAUCCCAGUUUAGAAAUACAAUACAAGAAUAAAAAGAAAGAGAGACAUACUGUGAGUGAAUCAAGUGAACAAGACAAAGUUGAAAAAAAGCACAAAGAAUAUAGGACUAAACUUAGGGAGAAUAUGGUAAAAUUAUUUGUCUUAAUUUUAGGUUUGCUAAUUUCAUCCUCUUUGAAAAGUGUUCCCUAAAGUAUCUUUUCUCACACUGUGGUACAUCUAAUAUUGGUUUUCCACUGCUUUGUUCCAGGUGGGAAACAGAUAUGUAACAAAAAUAUGUAUACAGAUCCCAGUGUAUUUAUCAAGCUUGCAUUACACAACAAAACAAAAAAAGUUACAUUGUGAUGUGGUGCAUAGAUUUUUUGUAAUUUAUUUAAGUGGUACAAGAAUACACAAUUUUGAGAACCCCUGAUUUAAAGAAUAACUUGAAAUUUUGUUUGUGUGUUUGUGUAUACAGUAUUAAAAUUUGGCAUGGUUGGUGGUGAGCAUUUUCCAUCUAAUCUUGUAGGGACAUGAUUUAUAUUUGAUUUUAAAAGCUCAACAUGUAGUUAUCUAACAAUAUGUUGUUAUUUCUCAAAUUCAUCAGUAUAUUUAGGUUUUCUUUUUAAAUAUACUUCUCAAUCACCCAUGAAUUAAUUUUUUGUCAUAGAUAAUAUUCUGAGAAAAAUAAGAUCUACAUUUUCCAGAGUUGAUGACCUCACUGAUAUUUUUAAGUAGCUUUAUAAAGGCUUCCAUUUUCCUUGUGAUGAGUUUUUAUACAUAGUUCUCCUUUAUGUGUAAAUGAUUUAUUUUAUUAUUGAAACAGUCUUUCUAAAGCUUUACUUAUGGUGACUUUGACAGAAAGGUCAAGAAAAUCAUGAGUAAAAGUUGGCUAUGGUUUUAGUAUUUUAAUUUUUGAAAAUUGUCUUUGCAAUUAAAAAUAUAUUAAUUAAAAAAUAUUGUAUAGGGGCUUAAUAUUUUAAAAUCCUUAGAUGGAAAAAUAGAGGAUUUUUAUAUGUAAGCUUUGAACUUUUUUUAUUUAUUCAGUUGGCAAAAAGUAGAAUGACUCGAAAAUGUGGUGAAUGUAGUGCUUGCCAUCGCAUUGAGGAUUGCGGAAGAUGUGACUUUUGUAAGGUAAUGUGUGGUACCUAAUCUUUUCAAAUCAAUUUAUAUAACCAUAGCAUCUUAAAAAUUGUUUUUCCCUUGCAACAGACGAGUGAAUAAAAUGAUUAAAAAAUGUUUCCCUUUUAUACAGCAAAGAUGUUAAAUACUGGUAUAGAUCGAAACAAAUGCCCUGAUAAUGCAAUGAAUUUAGUUUAACAUUCUAAAAUACCCUCUUUAAUUUACAUAAUGUUUUAAAUUAUGACUUUCAAGUUGUAGUUGUGGUCAUUAAUAAAAUAUAAUUUAAAAAAAAAAUAAUUUUUUGAUAAAUAUUAAAUUAACUAAUCUAAUGGGGGAAAACAAUUUAGUGACCCGUACACUCUUUUUAAGGAUAUGAAAAAGUUUGGAGGCACAAACAAGCUUCGACAAAAGUGCAGACUCCGACAGUGCACUAGUUAUGUGAGUAGGCACAAACACAUGGUAAAAAUUUUUGCUGAUUGCCUAAACAAUUAUUUAAAUUGUUUAACUUUAAUUACUAUUGGGAGUUUUGGUAUUCAUUGGUUUUAUGAUGGCAACUUUUGGCUCGUCCUUUAUGGUCAGUUGAAAUGUUAGCGACACAUAAAAUGCUGCAGAUGUUUUUAAUACCCAUUAAUACUUAUAUUUAAUGACAGAAAAGUUUAAACUUAACUAUCACAGUGCACGAAAGAUAAAUAGCAAUUAUCCCCUGAAAAUACAUUGCACAUUUCUAGCCCCUAGAUGAAAUUUUGAAGUUCUUAAUUAUUACACAAAUUUUUGUGUCUCAAUAAUCUACAUUUAUGAAAAAGCUGAAAAAAAACAUUUUCUCAUUAACUUCAUAAAACACAGGCAAAAUUACAUACAUUUUCUGCAUAACCUAGUCUUCUUCCUCAAAUAACAAAUUUAAAAUAUUUCCUUUCAAAUAUAAAAAAAUUUUGCUGUUUCUAUUCCUACUUUUAUAUUACACCGAUUUUAUUCUUGAAAUAGGGUUUGUCAUUAUCAGAGAAGGGGUCAGUCACAGGUGGAGAUACACCUUCAGAGAGAGCAAUGACAGAUUUUUCUGAUUUUGAGUGAGCAAUUUAUAAAACUACAACUUUAAUUUUCUUUUAAAUAAAUAAUUCAUACUUAUAUAGCUGUAUCACAAAUAAGGGACUAAAUCUAACCUGAUUUGUCUUUCUUGUAAAGGAUUUUCUAAAUUUUUUUAACAUAAGUUUUUGUUAUGCUCUUAAUGUAAACAAUCUUUUUUUUAUAUUUUUACACAACAAUUUAUUUAGGAAAACAAUGUAUCAAAUUCUGUCAUUAAGUACAAGAUGUUGCAAAAUAAUCCAAAAACCAUUUGUCUGUUUUUGAAAUGGUUAGGGACGACUUUGAUGAAGAAGAGGCUUAUGAAAAUGUUAAAGUGGCACCAAAGAAAAGAGAGCGUAGGACAAGCUCUUCAGAAGCUUCACCAAAAAAGAAGAAAGAGAAAAAAAAAGUCAAGCAUAAAGAAAAGUUGAAAAAAUCUCCAGAAAAACCGCAGGUUUGUGUGUAAAUUGGCCUUAGGAAGUUAUGCAUGUUAGUUUUCUUUGACAAUCUUUGUUGAACCCACAAUAUGUUAUAACAGUCUGUUGCCGCCAAUACUAACAUUAAUAUCAUAAAUGCAAAUUACAAAUUUUGUGUGUUUUUGUUUUAAAAGGGAGGCAUGUCUCAUAACUAGUUUUAAUUCCUUCGUAAUUGAAAAACAAGGUAAAAACUUUAUGUAUUCAUACCUUUGUUUAAAAUUUGAAUGGAGCUGAAAUUUUUGAAGGUGUUUUGUUAAAUCAUUCUUGUAAGACUUAUAAGUUGACCCUUUAAAACAAAAGCCGCAUAUAUUUGAAUUAUUCUUCAUGAAAGUGAUUUUGAAGAUAAUUUUGUUGGCAUUACUCAUGGUAGUGACAUUAAUGAAUUGACAGUGGACCUAGCAGUUCAAGCUUACUACCCUAUCAAGUACUAAUGAAUUUAUUAGGCGUUAAAUAAAGACAUUUAAAGGUCAUCAAUAAAUUGAUUGUUUAAAAAUUAUAUAUAAAAUCCCAAAUAGCUUAACAUUUUCUAAACUGAAAAAACUGAAAUACAUAUUUUGAUGAUAAGCUGGUGUGAGUUAAAAGCAGAAUAAAAUUAUUGUACUCAGUUUAAAGGUCAAUGUCAGGUUCAUCUUUAAUGGCUCACAGAAUUUUGAAAUUCAUACUGCAUGAUUUUCUUGGCCAAUUUACUUUCAGAAUAUGUAUACCAUAUGUUCCCCUGGUUUCAUUUUGUACUAGUUUUUGAUAUUUUAAUGAUGUGCUUCAGAAAAAGUAACUUGACACUAUGUGUGUUUAUUGGAAAUUAAAGUGUUAAUUCUCAAAGAUAUGAGCUUAAUGAGCAAUACCUGUCCCAUCAUUGGAUAUCAAUAAUAUUAUUGUAGUAUGCUUAUUUGUAUUGUAACUUUUAGCCUUAUACCAGUGGUUCUCAAACACCCCCCUCCCCCUUUUUGGGGCAUAAAGUCACUCCUCAUGCUCCCCUGUCUUUUCCCUUUAUAAAUAUUCGUGUAACAUUUUGCGGACUCCUUAUGGAAGUUGCAUCCGGGCAAAAAUUAUCUUCCACCAAAUACUGUGUUGAGAAUGCAACAAGAAAUUUAUUCCAAAAUGCAGAAAAUGAUAGAAAAUAUCCUACUAUACUCAAAACUCUUGAUACCAUUUCUCAAAUUUUGGAUAACACUCAAUAUAUUUUUUCUACUUCACCAACUGCGUCAAUCAAAUGGAUUUAUCAUGUCUUUUGUGAUAUUCAUGAAAAGAAAAUCCUAAAAUCACUCAGACUAUUUUGUCUAGCGCAUCAAAAUGGUCGUAAAAUGCUACAAUCACAUCCUUCUCAAUUUUCUCUUCUAGCUCAGAAGAGUUUGGAAAUAAUAAUGGGAUAUGUGUUUGUCAUAAGCUUGAAUGGAGCUGAUUUUCAUACCAAAUAAAGGAAACUGAUUUAGUUUUAAAGAGAUCUCAUUCCCCUGAUAAUGAAAAUUAAUUUUCAUUUAAUUAGUUUUCAUUUAAUCUACACUGUGUCUGAAAAAAAAGGGAACCCUUUUGAUAAUGAUUGGUCAACGAAUAGCACGUCUUGAAGCCUAUGUUGAAGCAAAUGGUCGAUAUUUCAAACACACUACUAAUAAAAUCAAAUACUGUGUUAGAAUUAAAAUGAGUUUUAUAAUUUACCAUUUGUUUUCAUCAUUUGUUCCCUUUUUUCCAGACACAGUGUGGAAAAUAUUUCUGAUAUUCCGGUACAAGCUAUGUCUCAUGCGAUAUCUUUGGAGUCUGCACCAAUAGAGGCGAUUGUGUGCCCCUCACCCCAUAAUUUUUUUUCAUUGUUUUGCUCAUUAUAAAAGUUGAUCCAAACUUUUAUCAUUUACAAAAAAUGUAUUACCAAUAAGCAAAGAUGCAUUGUCUUGAAAGUCAACUCAUCUAUUGGUAAUGCCAACGCUUUGGUAUGCUACUAAAAUGUAUCUUCCAUUUCCGCAGUCUUGUUACUCAGAAGUUAGACCAUAUAAAUAGCUGGUAAGACAAUUGUUUGUGAAUUCCCUGAUUUAGCAAUUAGCUAUUCAAUGGUGUUUUCUUGAGAAGCAAUAAAAAUAUACUUGUCAAUCUUCGGCUCAUUUGUAGAGUCCAUUUACCACUGUUAAAUGGUGUCAUCUAAUAGCGCCACGCUACCGAUCAGUAUUGUUGUUACCUAUAGAAGCUUGUUACAUCUUUGUAAAAAUUAGGUCAAGAGCCUUGUCUUCAUGGACUGUGGAGAAAAAGUGUAUAUUAUGUCGAUCCUGAAUUUUCUUUGAAUUCAAUAAUCAUAUUAGUAUAUAAUCUUUCUUUAAAACAAGUAAAAUAAAAUGCAUUUCUGAUAUGAUCCUUCAGUGCCCCCUUUAGCAAUCUCCUAAGUUUUUCAGUGACCCCCCAUAGCUUUCAAACCACCCCCUAGGGGUGGUACCACCCACUUUGAGAACCACUACCCUUUACAGUAUUUACAGAACCAAAACUAUCUCUAAAAUAAUUGACAUUUUUUUGAGAGAGCAAACUGUUUUCUAGAACCUGUUUUUAACAUUUGUUUUGUUUCUUCUAAUUCACUGUCAGAAAUCCCGCCAAAAGUCAAGCUCACGCCGCCGUGUUGAAGUUGAUGAUGCCCUUGAAACAGAUGAUGACAUGCCCCGACAGUGUUAUGGACCUGGAUGUGUUGAGCCUGCAAAAGUGGGCUCUAAAUAUUGCUCAGAUGAAUGCGGCAUGAAACUGGCAAAGAGGUAUUUACACAACUAAAUUUAAAAAAAAAAAUUAUGACUUAAAUUUAAUUAAUGGUCUUUAUGUAUUUCUUCAAAUGUAGAGGCUGGCGGGUGUGUCCUUGCUUUCCUUGAACCCUAAAUCCACAAAUGAUUUUAAGAGUGAAGUAUUUUAAAAUAAUUAAUACAUAAAUGAAAUACCUUACAUUAUACAAAUAUUUUCAUCAAAAUGUUUUCUUAAACUCUAGCCGAAUCUAUGAAAUACUGCCCUCAAGAAUUCAACAGUGGCAGAGCAGUCCGUGCGUUGGUGAAGAGAAUAACAAGAAAAUACUAGAAAUGCUUCGCCAGGAGACUUUAGAUGCCAGACUUAAGCUGCGUCAACUAGAUAUGAAGAUUCAGGAGCUUGAUGCAUUGGUGGACAGAGGAAAAAAUCUCACCAUGAUAGCUGAGCAGGAGGUUGUCACAUUUACAUUUCUCUCAUUUGUGAAAAACAAAAUGGUUCACUUUUGGAUGUUCAUCAUUGCAAGAUUUGUUAGCAUUACUAAGAAGACACUUGAGUUUAAGAUUUGUACAGCAAAUGUUCUUGUCUUCAUUUGGAUUGGCUUUUUAACCUGAUUUCAAAGCAUUGCUUUAUGUAACCCAUGGGUGGUUUCCCUUGGUCAAGCAUUUCAAAUUUGUUACCAUUGUUUUCUUUUGCAUAAAUGUUGUCAAAAUUUUAAGAGGGUCAUAUUUUUAAUUGUAGGGUUUGGACCAGGAAGAAGACACAGAGCUUAGUGUCUACUGUGUCACUUGUGGCACAGAACUGAAUCAAAAAGGCGCCCUGAGACACAUGGAGAAAUGCUAUCUAAAGGUGAGAUCAGCCAAGAAGUUCCUGAUUUACUUGAUGCUACUCAACAUGCUAUCUUUCUUCCGGGGCGCGUUCUGCAGGCGACUCGAUAGCAUAGUGCUUUUUUCAUUGUUUGUAAUGGUAUUUGAGUUUUUUUUAAAAUGUUUUCUUUGGAAUCAAGGAGAGUUAAAUAUGUAAAAUGUGCCUUGGGCUAAUAAUCUUGUGUUUUUGUCUUGAGUAACAGUGGUUAAAUUGUAAUUUUUGGACAUCAUAGGCUUCAGCGAACAAUAUUCACACCUCCAUGUUGGAAUCAAAAGAUCUGCCAUAAACAACCAACAAAAGGCAGGUCGACUACAGACAUUAUAAUUAUCUAUGAUCUUGGAAAAAAAUCUGAGAACCCCUUCUGAACAAAAAGACAAGGCUCUGUUUAAUAUGCCAACAUUAACUCAGGCACCUAACAGUUAUUUUGACCACACAAUUCUCCUAAUGCUUUGCUACAGACAAAUUUAGAGAACAACAAAAAAGGAGACAAGGUCUUUCAAGCCUGAAAACAAUAUGUGCAAUGCAAUGAAAAAAAAAUCAAUUUAUUUGGAUUAAUAAAAGAAUCUUCUCUCAUCUUAUUACUUAUUAAGCAUGAGUUAUUAAGUACCGGUAUUCUAUUUACAAAACAAUUUCACAAAAAAUUGAAUUUUUUGUUAUCCUCUUCAGACAAAUAAUCUUUGUAUUAACUUUUUCUCUUCUACAAUAUUUUCUACAGUUUGAAGCACAGACAUCUUUUUGGUCAUUGUACAAAACACGUAUUGAAGGCAAUUCUAUGUUUUGUGACUUCUACAACCCCCAGCAGAAAAUGUAUUGUAAACGGCUUAAAGUGCUUUGCCCAGAGCAUACAAAGGAGCCAAAAGUAAAUGGAUUAAGCUUUUAAUUAACCCUUUGCAGACUGAUCUGCUCAAAAACAUCUUAAAUUAAUUUUUAUGUUUAUUUUGGUAUUGAAUACUUUGAUGUGCUUUGUGGGUGUUAUUUUCUGCAGUUAUUUUUUAAAGCCUAAUGAAUGUUUGCAGAUAACAAAUUUUCACAUUAAUUUCCUACUUUAAUUAUAUUAUUUUGUGAUGGAUAAUCUUCAAAUAUUUCCUGACAGUUUAAAAAAAAUAAUAAUUUACUAAGCAUUCCACGAUACACUUUUAAAUUUUUUUUUUUAUAAUAAAUGUAAUGUUAUAUAAAAGUGUGUAAUUGGAUAUUGCAGAGAAUAUUGAUAUAAAUUAUAGGAAAGGUUUUGUAAAAAAAAGACUUCUAAAAUUAUCAUCCCAUAGCCAUUGUUUUCAAUUUCAGUUUUUAAACAAAUGGUCUAAACUCAACUGACUUCUUAACAUAUUCUUUAGGUUAGCCCAGAUGCAGUCUGUGGGUGUCCUAUUGCUACUGAUAUUUUUACAGAGGGAGAAAACUUGUGCAGAGCACCUAAGAAAAAAUGUGUAAAACAUUUUUGCUGGGAGAAACUGCGUAGGGCUGAAAUAGAUAUGCACAGGCUCAGACAGGUUCUAUUUGUUUUUAUUAUUAUUUUAAGUCUUUACCUGCUAUUUAAAGCUAUACAUUUUUUAAUUGUGUUUGAUUUUUUUUUCUAAACAAAUGUUAUUGACUCAUUCCAGAUUUUCGCCACUAAUCCCUCAUUACUUUGUUUCUAUAAAAUUUACCUUAUUGGUGCUAAUUUUGAGCAGUCCAACACUCGACAAGGGCUUUCUAUUAUCACUUUACUAGAUUGAAAUAGAGAUUACUAAAUUUGGUGCUAAGAAGAAUCUAAAAGUAAAAGUAUGCUUAUUUGUAUAUUCAAGCAGAAUGUCAACAUCUUCAUAUCCAUCCAUCCCUGUGGCGCUACAGCCCAUUUAGGGCUUUGGCCUGCCUCACCACUUCCUUCCACUCAGACAUAACUAAUGCCUUUCUUUUCCAUGCUUGGACUUUCAGCUGCUGUAGAUAUUUUUCCACAUCAAACAUCUUCAUAUCAUUCUUAUGUUAUAUUAUUCUGGGCUAGUAAGUAAUCUUUUUGAUCAGUUUCAAAAACCAAAAUUAUUUGUUAACAAACUGAACCUGUAUUUCCUUACAGUGGAUGAAACUUGAUGAUUUAUUUGAACAAGAACGCAACAUACGGAUGGCCAUGUCCAAUAGAAUGGGAGUGCUAGGACUCAUGUUGCAUCAGACAGUUGACCAUGAUCCCAUGACCCCAAUGAAAUCAACAGCUUCAUAGGUACAGAGUUCCCAAAUCACAACAACCACAUUACGCAAUCACUCAUACAGACCUGGUUACUCUUACAAUUUUGGCAUACGAUUUUGAGAUGUCUUUUAUGAUUUUACACCAACCCUUUUCAGAACUAGUAUUUUAAGAGAUUGGGUUGAAAAUAUAUAUCCUGUUGUUUUUACGAUUCAAACGAAUAAAAAAUACAUUUUCAGUUGUGCCCUAGGGGAGGAGGGUCUAAACAUUUAAGGCUAUAAAAAUAAAACCGCCACAUUUUUGUGAUGAUGGUCAUAUCGUUGCUUUGUGUUUUCAUAUUGAACUCACCAGAUAUGGCAACAGUAACUGGUAGUCACCCUUGUGAAAACUUUAAUAUCACCUUUUUUUGCUUCUGUGCUGUAUGAUGUAAUUUUGUGACAUAAUUAUUCACUCAACUGAACUGCGUGAUUGUAAAUACUGAGAAAAAAAUUGUUUUUUAAAAAUGAGAAUGCAUUGUCAGCUGUUCCACACAGCAACAUUAGAUUUCUACAUAUUUUAUAGGUUCUAAGAGAGCCUUUGAAAUCUAUCUAGACGCACAAAACAGCUGUACUAUUUGGUACCCAGGUCUGGGUCCAUUUUGACUCAGUGCUAUUCGGAUGUCAUUUGUGGUAGUUUAUUUUUGUUAAACUGGAUAAUUAAGUUUACAAACAUAUAGUCCAUUCAAUUAUCUUUCAUUUGAUACCUCAUUUUGUCUCACAAACCCAAAAAUAAUAAUUUUAAAUAAUUUUUAAUCCCAACCUCUCACUUCUGGUACCCGGUACGAAUAGCCACUUCGUAAAAUUAUACUAGAACUAAAAGUGUAAUGUUUCCUUAGAAACAUAUAUACCUGGUAUAUUCAUUUUAUGGAGGGAGUUGGUCGGCUCCUUUUACCACAUUCAUUAGUAGGGACAUAAUGUUCUAGUGCAAUUUUCUUCCACAGCUAACUAUUUUAAGAUGAGAAUUUGGAACUCAACGUCAAUGCACAUCAAAUCUCUUAAAUUUAAAAGAGUUUCCCCAAUUUAUUACAACAAUUCUUAUUGGGUGCGUAGUGUAGAAAAGAUUAAGAAACCCUGUCUUAAAAGAAAUGCAUAAGCAAAAUUUUAUGAGAUGUAGCUCCUUAUUGUAUAAAAUAAGAUUCAAACCUUUUUAUCUCAAAUUUUCUAUGUGAACUUGAUUUUAUUUUUCAGUAUUGGUGCAAGUGCUUCUCUGCACUUAUAAUAUAAGUUAUAUUUAUAUAUUUUUCAAAUCUCCAAGGCAAUUGGAACAAAAUAAAAGAAUUAAGCUUACCAAUAAAUAAACUGAAGAAAGUAAAAAAAGAGGUGGCAAAACAAACAAAAUAUUGAUUCUCCAUUUAAUUUUAAUCAUUUUUUAAUCUUAAAACUUAAUUAAAGUGAAAGUGAAUCAUAUUUUUUUCACAUGGAAUUUUGCAGAAAUAUUUAUUAAUAGCUGAGUACCCGGUAGAUCACAAGAUUUGCCUCUUUUGUUUUUCUAUUAAAUUUAGGACUUGGCAAUUGGUGGACUGUACAGUAGCAGUAUAUAAAAUCUCCCAGCAAAUUGUAAUUGAGUGGAGACGCUUCUGGCAACAUCUUCAAUCCACUGUCGUUUUGGAAAAAAUAUAAUGAACAUAGUUCAAAGAUGAGAGCUGUUUAAAGGAAAUUUUGUAGUGGCUGAUCCAUUCUGAAUCAAUAUACCGGUAAUCAUUUACUUUCUGCUUCCAGUACCGGUACUGGUUUUAUUUUCAGAUGUCUAGAUUAUGUUAAAUAAAUUGCAUAUAGUAGAUAUUUCAUGCAUGAAUUUAUAAAAGAAUGACAUGUUUUAUCACUUAUGAAGUCUAAUAGGAAAUUUAGACAACCAAAGCCUUCUGUUUCAAUGGUCUUUUCAAAAGUUUCCACUAAUCCCCCUCCAUCCUUGGAAUCUGGCAAAAGUGAACAGGAGUGAAACUCAUUUUCUGCUAACAUUAAAUCCAUCAAAAUCAGAUAAACCAGAUUUAAACGCAUUUUUUUUGGAACUGAAGCAAUUUAUUUGCCACCUUAUGAAGACAGGUAACAACCAAUUAUUGAACUAUUCUUAACUGCAUUUAUAUUCAGAAACAAAAGAACAGGUUGAUAUUGUUCUUUGUCAUUUGGAUAUGUUUUUAUUAUACAUUGUAAAAAAUUAUAAAAUAAAUGUGAACAAAACAAAGUUUGAGCUUUACAUUGUGAAAAUGAUGUCAUUUAAUAAAUUACACUGUCACCUUGUCUUAAAAGUCUUAAAAUACUUCAUGAAUUUCUGUCAAAUGGUUCAAAUUUUUUUUUUGUUCAUUAACAUGACAAAACUGAAGCGAUAAAUAACUUUCCUAUUGAUAAUGAUUUUAUUUAUCCUGCAAUAAAGUUGAUAAAAGUGCAAGCUCAAAUAAAAUAACUAAAUACAAUGAAAUAUAAAAGAAUCAUCCAACACAGACAAUAAUAUAAUUGUGAUUGACAUCUAUGCUCACAUUAUCACUUAAAUCUCUUUAAUAAAAAUUGAAAUACAUGGAAAUGGAAGAUAUAUCAUGCUUUAAAAUCUCUAACAGAUUGUUGAACAGUAUAAAUGUCAUCGUUACUGGUAAUGAAAUUUCAACGCUAUUGAUUAAUUAAGAACAGGCAAAUGUUUUUGUUCAAGUGAUGGCAAAAAGAGCACAUUUUAUACCAAGAAUUAAAUAAAAUGUAGUUUUGCAUACAGUUAAAACAGUUAAAUGUAAAUAAUGUAGUGCAUAACAGAAGUUCCACUUAUAAAAAAUUUUAUUAAAAAAAAUCGUAUUUCCAUCUUUGAUGACAAUCACAACACAUUUUGUCAAGAAAAAUGCAUGACAAAAUUAAUAAUAAAAGUCACUUUUUGAAAACUAUGCGACAUAACGCAAAAGUUGGCUUCAGAUAUGUGUAUCAUCUAUUAGAAUUUAGAUCCAACAACUUUUAGCUAAAGUACCAGUACUAAAAGUAUUUUUUUACCAACCAUUGGACUACAGAGUUGUUUCAUGGAUGGAAAUGUAUAGUUACAAACCUUAACUAUUAAUAAUAUUAAUAGCGUUCACUGUUACUGUUAACAUUUUAAAUAAUAAAAUCUAAUUCUUAAAAAAAAUUAAAUUAUAAUUUAACUCAUACAUUAAUGUCAAUUUUUCUCAAUGCCAAUUAUUCAAAAUGUCAGUUAAUUCAGUUAUCAU